AUGAUGAUAGAGGAGUGGAAUUUGAUUGAAGAAUUUAGAGAUUUGAAUUUGAUGGUAGAAGUGCGACCCAAAAGCUUAUACUUGGGUACUUUGAAGAUCAAUAACGAUUUCCUUAUGCAAAUCCAAAAUGCUCAGUUAGAAGAUCAAUAUCUGCAAGAUAGAGUACAGUCAAAUGAUGAGACUAAAGGCUCAGAGUUUCAUCGCGACUUAAAUGGACUUAUUAGAUUUAAGGGUAGAGAAUUUCUGGUGGGGUAUGGCAUAAAGAAAGAGAUUAUUGAGUAUGUUGCAAAGUGUUUAACAUGCCAGAAAUUAAAGGCAGAACAUCAGACGGUGAUUAUAGACCGUCUAACCAAGACUACACAUUUCAUUCCAAUCAAUAUGAAGUAUAAAUUGGAGAAGUUGGCGGAGCUAUACAUUACUGAGAUAGUCAAAUUGCAUGGAGUAUCCUUGAGCAUCAUAUCAGAUCGAGACCCAAGGUUUACAUCAAAAUUCUGGGAAAAUCUGCCAAGAAGCUUUGGGACUAAAUUGAAGCUUAGCUCAUCAUAUCAUCCUCAAACUGAUGGGCAGACGGAGCUCACUAUUCAAACCUUAAAAGAUUUAUUACGAGCUUGCGUGAUGGAGCAACAAGGAUCGUGGGAUAAGAGUCUACCUUUGGUAGAAUUCACGUAUAAUAAUAGUUAUCAUGCAAGCAUCGGAAUGGCACCCUACGAAGCAUUAAUGGAAGGAGGUGUCAAACUCCUUUAUGCUAGUGCGAAGCUGGAGAAACAAUUAUGUAUGCGCCUGAUGUGGUAUAGAGAUAGAACGAUCAAGUGA